AUUGCCAAUAAUUUGUCUAGGGAUGGAAGUGCUAUUUAUGGGAGCGAAGCAAAGAAGGCAGAAAAGGUGAGGACAUUUGUCGAUGGGAAAUUGAAGAUUGGAGCUAACAAUCUUCUUGAACAUGACGACGAAGGAAUAGCUAUAUCUGGAGACAUCCGCAAUAGUUGGGCUGGCGUGUCAACUUUGCAAGCCCUUUUCAUUAAGGAGCACAAUGCUGUUUGUGAUGCACUCAAGGCAGAAAAUCCCAAUUUAAGUGAUGAAGAGUUGUAUCGCUAUGCGAAACUGGUGACAUCUGCAGUAAUUGCAAAGAUUCACACAAUUGAUUGGACUGUAGAGCUCCUCAAGACCCACACAAUGAAUGCAGCGAUGCAUGCAAAUUGGUAUGGCUUGUUAGGAAAAACUAUUAAGAAUAUCUUUGGGAACAUAGGGGGACCAGUUUUUUCUGGGCUUGUGGGAUUGAAGGAGCCAAACAAUCAUGGAGUUCCAUAUUCCUUGACCGAGGAGUUCACGAGUGUUUAUAGGAUGCACUCACUUCUUCCAGACAGCCUCAAACUUAGGAACAUCAAUGGCAAUCCCGGACCAAACAAAUCUCCCGAAUAUCUUGAAGACAUCAAAAUGGAGGAUCUGGUAGGCAUAAGAGGAGAAUCAACUUUAACCAAGAUUGGGUUUGAAAGGCAGUUAGUAUCAAUGGGCCACCAAGCAUGUGGUGCUCUUGAGCUAUGGAACUACCCUUGGUUCUUUAGAAACCUUAUUCCACAAAAUGUUGAUGGAAGUGAACGGCCAGAUAACGUUGACAUGCCUGCCCUUGAAGUUUAUCGAGACAGGGAAAGAAGCGUGCCAAGGUACAAUCAAUUCAGAAGGGGCUUGCUAAUGAUUCCCAUAUCUAAAUGGGAGGAUUUAACUGAUGACCAUGAAGCAGUUGAAACUCUAAGAGAAGUAUAUGGUGAUGAUGUCGAGAAGUUGGAUCUUCUAGUAGGUCUUAUGGCAGAGAAGAAAAUCAAGGGAUUUGCCAUCAGUGAAACUGCUUUCUUUAUUUUCAUUAUAAUGGCAUCAAGGAGGUUGGAAGCUGACCGUUUCUUCACAAGCUACUUCAACGAAAAGACGUACACAAAGAAGGGCUUUAAGUGGGUAAACACUACAGAGAGUUUAAGAGAUGUCAUCCAACGCCACCAUCCAGAUACUGCUAAGAAAUGGAUGAACUCUACUAGUGCCUUUUCUGUGUGGGAUGCUCCACCAAACUCCUUCAAUCCCAUCCCUCUCCUUCUCCGGUUUCCGAGUUAAAGAACAAGAAUGUCCACGAACUAGUUGUUCGUGUGUGCACUUCGUCAGACUAAGAGUUGCUGUGGAAGUAUGAAUUUAUCCUUUCUGGUUGUUUGAGAAUAAUUGAUGAGAUGGAAGAUAUCUUCAUGUAUGAGUCUGAAGAAUUCUUCAUCGCAGAAUCUAAUAAAUUAUCUCAGUA